AUGGCAUCAACCAAACCUAUCACUGAAUAUUCAGGGCUGUAUGAUCGACAUUCUAUUAGAAAUGAUUACCAGCAAGUACCGCUUUUAGAAGAUGAGUGGACUAUCCUAAAUGAUCAGACAGAGAUAGACAAAUACCUUCCAAAGCCGAACAAAGCAACUGUCACCACAGGAAUAACAAAUAUACAGACAGAAACUAUAGACAAUUUUGAAUCGAUUGACGUUAGUAAAUGCAUUUCCAACAAAAGAGCUCAUAUCAUCAAUGCGGGUGGUUCUAUUUGGGGCCUAGAUUUCGUACCCAAGCCGUCAUCCGACAAACGCAAUGAUCAGUAUUUGGCAAUUGGAGGCUACAAUACAACAAAAGAGCAUCACUUGCUAUGCGAAGAUAUUGAUAUGGACAACAGGCGGAAUGCCAUUCAGAUCUGGAAGUGCAAAUCUUUGACAUCAAGCUUUACACCUGUACUGGAUAUGUGCAUUUUGCAUGAUUUUGGCGUAGUGGUCGACUUUAAAUGGUGUCCAUUCAGUGUAUAUGAUAAGAAGAAACUAGGUAUUUUGGCUGCCAUGUUCAAUAAUGGAGUAGUUCGAUUAUUUGUGGUUCCCCAUCCGCAAUAUGCCCACAAGAAAUACCAAUCAGCACAGCAAGACACCGUAUACAUCAGAGCAAACCAAGCAAGACUCGAAUUAAGGCUAUCAAACCCAAAUGAAAACAGCAUUCUUUGCUUUGCUUGGGGCGGUUACAGGAAACUAGCAUGUGGGACGAGAUCAGGGAGCAUCGUGAUUUGGGAUAUCUUAGAAUCACUUUUACAGAAGCAGGGCGUUAUCAGCGUAAAUAUACCAAAUGCAAGUAUGCUGGCUAUUCGGUGCAUUGCCUGGAAAUCUUUGUUUGAUGAGGUUACAUUGCUAUCAAGCGAUACGGAUGGAAAUGUUAUCUUGCAUGAUUUGAAUGACCCAUUUUUCCCGUACAAGAUAUUCAGAGUGAGAUAUCCCUAUGUUUGCUUGUGUGGGCCCGGAUUUGGGUCAGGAUUUUUGUACGCAGAGAGUGAUGGCGUUGUGAGGCGAAAUAUGCAUCUUACGAUUAAAAAAGCUGCUUCAUUAACAUCGCAUAAUAGCAUGGUGUGGCAAUGUGCUGUGAGUCCACAUCAUGGCAUCAUGGCCUCAGUAGGCUCGAAUGGCACCGCUAUAGUGAAACCAUUUGCUCACGACGAUAUUGUAUACACACAAAGCCACAGACCAGCCGAAUGCACGCUUUAUGAGCUGAUAUUAGAUGAUGCGUCCAAAUCUUUCAAAUACAAAGACGGAUUUCAACCCAAGACAACACCUGCUGACCAUGAUUAUUUGAGUGUGUUGCAAAACCCAAUCAUCGCAUUACAUAAGAUUGCAUGGAAUCCAAACAAAAAUGCGUGCGGCUGGGUGGCAUCGGGUGGUGCAGCUGGUUUAUGUAGACUAGAAUACACUGGCUUGUAG